AUGGCCGCCAUGGCGGAACUGGAACAGCACUAUGGAGUUAGCAAAUUUUCAUAACUCAAAUCUUGAAAGUCUUUAGUACUUUCCUUUUUCAAUAAAACCAGAUCAUAAUGGCGAACGUUUGGGGCAAUGAAGAUCUGGCUUGUUAUUUUACAACCAAGCAUUCUUGGAGGGGGAAGUACAAGCGUAUAUUUUCUGUUGGAACCAAAGCAAUAACAACUUACAAUCCGUCGAACUUGGAGGUGACAAAUCAGUGGGCCUAUUCAGACUUUUUAAGUGUAGCACCAAGUGUUAAGGCCUACAAUGAGCUCAUCAUCACCAUGAAAAAAGGAACUGGUGGCAAAAAGACACACAGUAUGACUUUCUCUACUGAACACAGAGCAGAUUUAAUUACAGAAACUCUGAGAUUCCGUCAAAAUUUUGCUGAUUACAAGUCUAGUAGUGAAGUGAAGUUCAAUGCCUAUAAGUACCACUGGAGUGAUAACAGGGUUCCAGUUGUUCUAGUGGUUACUGCAUGUUCUUUAGACCAAGUUGAUAGUCGUACACAAAAGAAACUUUGCUCAUAUGACUACAAGGACAUCGAAGGAAUAGCGAUGGUAUCUGAUUACCCAGGAGGUUUUGUGAUACUUUAUGGUGGAUUCAGUAGAUUGCAUAUGUUUGCUACUGAAAAGCGUGAUGAAUUAAUAAAGAAAAUGUCAGAAUUCAGUAUGGCCUAUGUGGGAGUCAUCUUAAAACAAAGACCAAAACCUAUCAAAUUUGAACAAUAUCAUAAACACAGAUUUGGAAAAUACAGUGAAGAUGAACAUGUAACCUCUAUAGCAGAAUUCAAAGUCCAUAAAAUCACUAAUCGAAAUCCAGAUCCAGUGGCACGCACCCUGUGCUUGUCAGAAACUUGUUUUGUAGAAAGAGAUCCAGCAACAUACUGUAUAGUAACAUGUCAACCUUUAAGUGAAGUUUUUACAAUUAUAAGAUACAUAGAAAACCCACAAUUAUUAUCAAUAGAACUUGUUAAAGGUGGAAUGAAAACCUACACUUCUACAGACAGGGAUUCUUUAUUAGCAAGCCUAUUAGAUGGCGUCAGAGCAAGUGGUAACCGAGAUGUUUGUGUUAAAAUGACACCCACUAAAAGAGGUUUUCGUCUAGGUCCAUAUAUCUCACCAGUUGAUGAAGAAGUAGAAAGUCACCAUCUUAGAUUUUUAGCUGUACCUCCAGGAACAUUUUCUGAAGCUGUUGACAGGUUUAAUUGCAAUAUUCCUUACAAUGGGCUUCUACAUGCUGUUUCUCAAGAUGGUUUCUUUGCAGAGAACAAAGAGCGGCUUAUCACUGGUGCUAUUUCAGCUUUGAUUGAGAAAGAAGGUGAUCAAAACACAGUUUCUCUAGAAGAAUUAGAAGCACAAUUCCAUGCACUCAGAAGAUUAGUGGCGUCAAAGGCUGGCUUUGAUUGUUUUACUACUCUUCCUAAAUUCCGAGAUAAACUUGGUAUUAAAGUAGUAAAAGCCUUAAAGAGGAAUGAUGAUGGAGUAAAUCAUGCAGCCAUUGACAUGCUGUGUGCUCUAAUGCAGCCUAUGCACGAUAACUAUGAUCUACGACAAGAACAACUCAACAAAUCUUCUUUACUUUCAUCAAGAAAGUUUCUUGCUACAAUUCUAGAGAUCUUCAGCACCCAUGUAAAUCGCAGCACCGGUGCUUUGGUGAUUACAGCUUUACUGGAYUUUCUCACUUUUGCUCUUUGCCCACCAUACAGUGAAACAACUGAAGGCAAUCAGUUUGACACAUUGNAAGAAUUAGUAAUUCAUCAUUAUGAUCUUUUCUUAUAGCAUCCUUCAAUGGCCAUUGUCAAAGGUGCUGGGAUGGUUAUGAAGGCUGUCAUUGAGGAAGGAGAUGCAGAAAUUGCUGCUAAAAUGCAAGAUCUUGCUUUAGCAGAAGGAGCUCUCCCUCGCCAUCUUCACACAGCAAUGUUUACUCAGAGUAAUGACAGCAGACUACUUGCUAAUAGACAGUUAAGCAGACAUCUUGUAGCUUUGUGGAUUACUGGUCAUCCAACAGCUAUGGCUUURAUGAAGAGAAUCAUGCCRCUUGGGCUACUGAACUACUUGGAUAGUGAAGAAAAGAUUCCAGAAUCAGAAAUCGACAAACUUCAUGUCAGAGACAAUGUAAAAUUAGCAGAGGAUUCAUCAAAGAGCAAAAAGYCUCUGUACAUGAUUCAGCUUGACACAGUUCUAACUCACUGGAGAACCAAGAUUGGACUCAAGUCWAAAGAUAAUAACAUGAAGCCUGUAAUAUUGAGAAAGAGAAGGCAGAGAAUUAAAAGUGAUGCAAACUGGGAUCUAUUUUAUUACAAGUUUAAUCAAGAUCACUCCAUGCCAAGUCUCAUUUGGAAUUUUAAGACAAGAGAAGAGCUUCGAGAAUCUUUGGAAUCUGAAAUGCGAGCAUUCAUUAUGGAUAAGGACCUUGGUGGUAAUUUUACCAUUUCAUGGAACCACCAAGAGUUUGAAGUACGUUAUGAAUGUCUAAGUGAGGAAAUCAAAAUUGGUGAUUACUACUUACGUCUCCUUCUUGAAGAUGAAGAAGAAAACAUCAACAUCACAAACUCGUUGGAGUUUUUCAAUGAUCUUUAUCACCGCUUUUUGCUGACGACAAAGCCUAUUAUGAAAGCCAUGUGUCUACAGGCAAUGACGAAAGUCUACAGCAAAUGUUAUCAAGAAAUUGGUGCAUUUAAUGAUACUCGUUACAUUAUCGGCAUGUUAGAAAAGGCAACWGACAAGCUUGAAAGAGAUCGUCUUUUGAUGUUUGUAAAUGCUCUUAUCAAGAACAAACGCAAUGUGAAAGAUCUUCUUGAUGUUAAUGGUGUUAGAGUCUUAGUUGAUUUGCUCACAUUAGCUCACUUGCACACCACAAGAGCCACAGUUCCUCUUCAGACUGCAAUGAUUGAAGCAUCAGCUGAUACUGUGUUUGAUGGUGAGAAAGAAUGGUAUUAUGGUAACAAAGAGAAAGAAAGACUUGGACCCUUCAACUUCCCUGAGAUGAAACAAAUGUGGGCUGAAGGAAUWCUCCGUCCAGAAACCAAGUGUUGGGCCCAAGGAAUGGACGGCUGGAGACCACUGCAUACUAUUCCACAGUUAAAAUGGUGUCUACUAGCCACAGGGAACCCAGUCCUUAAUGAAUCUGACAUGUGUGUUUUGGUUCUUAACAUGUUAAUAAGAAUGUCCGAGUUCUAUCCAAACAGGGAUCCAGAUGGUGCCAUUGUAAGACCGUUACCCAGAGYCAAGAGAAUGUUGUCUGAUGCAACAUGUCUGCCUCACAUUGUCCAGUUGCUGUUGACGUUUGAUCCCAUCAUUGUGGAGAAAGUGUCUGUUCUAUUGAUAGAAGUGAUGGUUGAUAAUCCAAUCCUUCCUCGUCUGUACCUGACUGGUGUGUUCUUCUUCAUCAUGAUGUACACAGGAUCCAAUGUCAUUCCUAUUGUCAGGUUUCUKCAAGAAUCUCAUAUCAAACAAGCAUUCAGAUCAGAAGAGAAUGAGAAACCAGAACUUGUACAGCGAAGYAUACUUGGGAACAUAUUACCAGAAGCUAUGGUGUGCUAUCUGGAAAACUAUGGUCCAGAGAAAUUCUCUGAGAUAUUUCUAGGAGAGUUUGACUCACCAGAAGCCAUCUGGAAUGCUGAGAUGAGACGUAUGAUGAUUGAGAAGAUUGCUUCUCAUUUGGCUGACUUUACUCCUCGACUUAGCAGCAAUACACGUGCGCUUUAUCAGUACUGUCCCAUCCCAGUCAUCAGCUAYCCUCAACUAGUAGACGAACUCUUCUGUAACAUUUACUACUUACGUCAUUUGUGCAACACAGAGAAGUUUCCUGACUGGCCAAUYAAAGACCCUAUACGAUUAUUGAAAGACAUCCUUGAAGCUUGGAAAAAAGAAGUGGAGAAGAAACCUCCAAAUCUAUCUGUAGAGGAAGCUUACGAGGUUUUAAAACUGAAGAAAGAUGCCUCAGGGACUGUCGAUGAAGCCAAAUUGAGGAAAGCAUAUUUCAAACUCGCUCAAAAAUACCAUCCCGACAAGAACCCAGAAGGAAGGGAUAUCUUCGAGAAAGUUAACAAAGCGUACGAGUUCCUGUGUUCUAAGUCUGCACGAAGAGUAGAUGGACCUGAUCCCCAGAACAUUGUACUUAUAUUGAAGGCACAAUCUAUACUUUUUAAGAGAUACAAAGAUGAGCUUCAGCCAUACAAGUACUCUGGCUAUCCAAUGCUUAUCAAGACGAUACGYAUGGAAACCAAAGACUCUGGCUUGUUUUCAAAGUCAGCUCCUCUUCUUACUGCGGCCAGUGAAUUAGCAUAUCACACAAUMAACUGCUCUGCACUGAAUGCUGAGGAACUACGUAGAGAAAGCGGCCUCGAGGCAUUGGUAGAAGCCUAUGUUCGCUGUGUUGAUGUCAUUUCGUCAUCUACCAAACAAGAGGAGAUACAAGUCCAGGUGUGCACGCACAUCACAAAGUGUUUUGCCGUGGCUGCGCAAUUCGAGGCAUGUAGAGAGAAAAUCACCGAAAUGCCAGUCAUCAUUAACGAUUUAUGUCGUAUUCUCUACUUCAAGAACUUGCCCCARCUGUGUUCAGUGGCUGCUGAGUGUGUCAGUGCUUUCAGUGUUGACUUCUGGCUGCAGACACAAAUGUUACAAGCAGGAGCUUUGUGGCAUCUUCUCUUGUAUCUCUUCAAAUACGAUUACACCUUGGAAGAGAGUGGAGUUGAAAAGAAAACAGAAACAAACCAACAGGAAGUUGCUAAUAAUUUGGCUCGUCUGUGUAUGAAUGCACUGGCCAGACUUGGAGGAUAUCUACCUGAUGAGAAUGCGACCCCAGAGAAUCCAGCUAUCAGGAAAUCAYUAUCUGCUAUGYUGACACCGUAUUUAGCAAGRCAGUUAUCCAACGACACGCCUAAAGAUUUACUCAAAGUACUGAACAGCAACACAGAGAAYCCUUACCUUAUAUGGGACAAUGGGACGAGAGCUGAACUCAUUGAUUUCCUUGAGAGACAGCAGCACAGCAAUAUCACUGGUGCCCAAGGAGACGCUUCAUUUGGYGCCGAGUUUGUAUUCGAUAUUUUCUCUCGUGAACUUAUUGUUGGCGAAGUCUUUGUUCGCAUUUACAACGAACARCCCACCUUUGCACUMGAGGCACCGCAAAAGUUUGUGGUCGAUCUUGUAAAUUACUUAGGAUCAGAAGCACAGUAUCUACACUCUUUGAUGGCGCUUACUGCCUCUGAACUUGAUGCYAAAGCUAAUAAAGAACGUUUGUCGUACGCUGGUAUGGCGCUKGAAGCUCUUCGUAAUGUUAUCAAGAACAAUCCAGGGUCAGAAGCCCAGUGUAUUGGUCAUUUUAAGUUGAUCUUCUCUUUGCUGAGAAUGACGUCGGCAACUAAACUCCAAGAGUGUGCACUAGAGGUGAUAUCCAGUGUCACAGCUAACAAGAAUUGUGUCAAUAAUAUCGCUGACUCAGAAAUCCUUGGUUUCCUUCUCCUUACUUUGCACACAUUGCCUUCAAGUCGUCUUCUUUGCGUGGACACACUUCAUGCGCUUUGCUCGAAUACAAAAAUUGUCAAAGAGGCCAUGUACAAAGGUGCGUUAAUCUACCUCCUUGAUCUAUUCUGUAAUGGAAGCAACCCUAACGUACGCGAACGAUCAGUGGAGCUAUUUGCUAAAAUGAUGUCUGAUAAGUURAUUGGUCCUCGUGUGAAGAUCAUCUUGGCUAAGUUUUUACCAUCGAUAUUCAUGGAUGCCAUGAGGGAUAAUGCCGAGGCGAGUGUUCAUAUGUUUGAAGCAAUUCAUGAAAACCCUGAGUUAAUCUGGAAUAAUGAAGCAAGAGAGAAAAUAUGCUCUGUCGUUAAAGAGCUGGAAGACAGGCAUUAUCAUCAGCAAAGGGAGAAUCUCGAUAUUCAGUGGAAACUUCCUGAGGAUUUCUCGGUUCGAUUUACCGACACUGAAGGAGAGCUCACUAUUGGUGGUGUUUAUAUUCGAUUGUUUAUACAACAACCAGCUUGGGUUCUUCGAAAUCCCAAAGACUUUAUGCACGCACUUCUUGACAAAUUUAUCGAACUAAUCACAAAGUCAAACACUAACGCUGAUAACGAAGUUCUCGAGACCAUCACUCAAGCCGUUCUUUGUUUAUUUACUGCACAAGUAGCUUUAGCUGACCAGAUCCCUGGCCUUGGUCAUAUUCCUGCUAUAUUCAAGAGCAUGGAUUCUCAGAACACUGCAAUYCCCAAGUCAUCGAUGCAAGUUAUUCAUGUCUUAACUAAUAGCGAGAUCUGUGUUCGUAGUAUGGCAGCAACUAACGAUGGCAUUAGUUACAUGAUAAAAGGCAUGGAAUCACGACCUGACAUAACUGGUUUGGCUUGUGAAGCACUACACAACAUGUUCACCAAGAACCAUACUGAACUCGUUGCACAGGCUGUCAAGUUUGAGCUUGUACAAUAUUUGUUGGGUAUUCUAGACAGCCCUCUGAAGACAGUCGAAAACCCUGCAGGAACGAAAGCGCAGGUCGUMAUGGCAUUGAAGUCAAUGCUGAAAGAUUUGGCGCACGGUGAAGAGGUGAAUAAGAUCCUCGAGGCUUCAUCGGUCUGGUCUUCAUAUCGAGAUCAGAAACACGAUCUUUUCAUAUCAGAUCGACCUAUAGCUGGCUACCUGACAGGAUCGGUUGGAACUGCUGGUUAUCUUACGAUGGGAUCUAGUAAUCCUUCAAAUAUGACCACUGCUCCACCGCCUGUACUAAACAAAAAUGUCAACGGAACCUCCUGACGUCACGUUGCCUUAGAGACUGUUGCUGUGGARAUAUAGUGAUUUACAAAUAGAAAUGAUAUUUUGAUAUUCAGCAGGUAUUGAAUAAAUUAAGAAUUUUUAGCAAAAACAUAGAUAAUAUUUAUCCAAUUGUUAUUGGUUGAUAUUACAUUAAAGGCUAAAGAUGUCCUCUGUAUGUGACAUCUAAGAAUUUGAAUCUGAAAAACAGUUCCUUCCAUUUAUUCAAACAAAAUGUUAAUGAAAUGUAUAAAGACACGAAUAACAAAUACAAUUAUAUAGUUUUCAAGAAAAAACAUCUUUUGUUAAGAUUUUGUUUAAAUUUAAAUAUAAAAAUGUACAAUUUAGAAGUCGAUUUUUAGACUCGUGGUUUCGUGGGUGUAUGGAAACGUCUCGAUUUGAAAAGUGAAGGGUUUUCUCGAGUUACCCAGUUUAUCAGGCUGAUUUGUUUUGUUCAGUUCAGCAGGCUCACUCCAUAUGAMCAGCUGCAACUGAGGUAGAAUUCAAAGUAGUAUCUAUUCUGUAUGCAUGGGCAGUUCUGUCGAAUUAUUUUAUUUCUUGARUGACCUGAGUUCUAAUCGUACGGAACGGUGAAAUUUCUUAGCCUCUGGUAAUUUCUUCGGUAACUGAUAUGGUAUAUUUUGUAAGAAUGCAUUUUAAUAACAAAUAAAAGUUUUAUUACAUA